AUGGACACUAUCUUCGGGUUUGUAGGUGCAGACUUUGCUCUAUUAGGUGCUGAUCGCUCAACCAAUUUUUCUAUAGUGAGGCUUACAGACACUGAAGACAAAAUUUUUUCUCUAGACAACAACAAGCUUUUGGCAACAGCUGGGGAUCCUAAUCUUAGAUCUGAUUUCGGAAGUUUAAUGCAGAAGAACGUUCAUUUAUAUCAUCUCCGAAAUGGAGUCAAAUUAAGCACUCAUGGGACAGCAAAUUUUAUAAGAACAACAGUCGCAGAAGGGCUCAGAAAAAGUCCAUCUUAUACUGAUAUGCUAUUAGCAGGCUUUGACGAAAGUGGACCUUCACUUUAUUAUCUUGAUUAUUUAGGAGUAGUUCAAAAAAUUCGUGUAGGAUCCCACGGGCAUGCUGGUUCUUUUAUUCUUGGACUUUUAGAUAAUUGGUGGGGUCCUGUAAGUUUUAUGUAGAAUAUCACUCUUGAUGAAGCUAAAGAAAUUGCGAAAAAAUGCGUAAAUGAAGUGAAAACUAGAUUUUUAGUUGCACAGCCAGAAUUUAUAAUCAAAGUUGUGGAUAGGGUAAGAAAUAUUUAGAAUGGGAUCACAGAAUUAGAUUUAUCAGCUUAAAUAAAGGGUAAAUCUUAUUUGAUCUGACAGCUAAAUAUGCAUAAUUAGCAGUAAUUUAUCUAAAAUCAUAAUAAAUCAAAACAAAAACCAUUAAAUUUUUCAUGGUUAAAAAAAUAGACCAAGCAAUUGUCCUAUUCCCAUAUAUUUCAUAUCAAAAAUUAUGCCCUAA